UUUCCCUAUCCACAGGAAGUUGAGCGGACUUUAGUGAGAACCAGCAGCAGCCACACAGCGAGAAGAAGCUGUUUCUACUGUAACGGUGCGUGCGUUUCUUAAACCUUACAAGUCUCUGAUCCCGUUUGAAAAGGUGAAAAGGGAAAAUGACGCUCAACAGUGCUUUUGAUUCGCUCCAAGAGAAUGCGAGCAAGCCUCGCUUCUGCAAGUCUCUGUCUUUGGGAGAAACCUGGAAAUCUAAAUCCACCAGGAUGAUACCUGAAGAGUUUGUUAGGAGAACGAACGGUGUGUUUGAGCACAGGCUGGUGUUCAGUGUUUCUUGGGGCAAUUCGUGGCAAGUCUGGCUCCAACGAGACGAGAACGGUCUGUUCAUGGAAGAAGAAGACUGGGACGAGUUUGUGGAUGACAACUUGUUAGAUCCGAGCGAUAUCUUGAUCUUCACGCACGUGGACACAAUGUUUACCGAAGCGAGAAUCUACAAAAAAGAUUCGCGCUUCUUCAAACAGGUUAUCUCAUCACCUCUGCUUGGAGCUGAAGCGUUUAACCCUAAGCCACAGACUUCUCGCCAGGAUACCCCUUCCUCUGCUGCCCCUCCUGGCUUUGCUCCCUUUGCUUCUGGCUCUGCCUCUGCCUCGGCAAGUAGAGCGAGACAGAGCUGUUCUUCUGUCCAAAACCCUGAGCAGUACCUCUUAAAUCCCCAAAACCCCUACUUUGUCAAGACACUGUCCAAAAAGAUCGAUGUUCUGUAUGUGAACCAAGAUGUGAUUCAGAAGUAUGACUUGAAGUUUGGUCCUCAUUUGUCCCCCGUUUAUUACCUUCUUCCCACAGAAAAACACGAGGCUGUGCUUAAGAUCUACCGCAAUAAUACCCCUUGUUUCAAUCGCUGGGCAGCUAUAUGUAAGAAGUACGACAAGAAAGAAGGAGACAGUGUGGUUUGUGAACUUGAGCGUGACUCACGAGGUGUGGUUACUGCUGUUAGAGUUCAUUUCGUCAAUGAAUGAAGAGACCAAGAAGACCUCUCUUGUAGCUUUCCUAUGAGGUAGGUGUUUACCAACUUACUAUUGUAUUGCAACAAUUAAGUAACUGUCUGUGUGGUACUAGUCUAAUUUAAGAUCUCUCUUGUGACUGUGCUUCAUAUUAUCUCUCAUUUUACAACCAUAUAUUUUGAAUAAUAAAAAGAAACACUAAAAAGACAAUGUUA